UCUCUUCACCGUCUCUCUUAUGCUCUUGGUCUUUGGCUGGAUGCCCUAUCAUCUUAUAAGACCGAGCUGGACUACCUCGUUCAUUUUCAGCGCAAACUCGAACGCGGUGUUCGUGACAGAUCUGAGCUUUCUCCUCUCCAUUCAUAUGAAGGUGAUUUGACUAGAAAUAAGAAGCUACCUCCAGCACAUUUGCACCGAGCUCUUAGAAGCCUACAGCUAAAUCUUAUGGCAGCACUGCAUAAGUUAGUAUUGCAAUUUGUGUGGUCCGAUUGA